CUCUCUUUAAUCCACCUUCAUACAAACGCCGCCUCACUACAUACACGUCCGGGAUCGCCGUCCCGCAUGAGCCAAUGAUGAACAGGUCAUUUGAUUUACAAGACCUAAUGCACGGGCUUCGCACAGGCCACUUGCACCGCCGUUACCUUCCACCUCACCUUCCCCUCCCUUUAACUGCUACCACAACCUGCCACGUCUAUGAGUGCCUCCGUACCUUGUCUGUCAUUGUUACCGCCUGCAAUUUCUAUGGCGCGAUGAUCACAUUUGUACCCCGGCACCAUGAAGCGGAAGCCGUUCUACAAAUAUGGCAAUGCUGAGCUGCGAGUCGAGCGUAGGCUGGUGAGAUUAGAUAUAUCCAGGCCUGAGAGCACAACCAGGCCCGAAAGCGACUCCAGGACCGAGAUCAAGUCCAGGACCGACAAUGACUUCAGCCCCGAGGGCAGGUCCAGGAUUGCGAGCAACUUCAAGCCUUCAAGCAACUUCAGGCCCGCGAGCAACUCCAGGAACGAUCCCGAUCCAAGGCUGGAAGAGGAAUCCGAAGCAGAUGAGGACUCCGACUCUGACUCCGAGCCGCCACCGAAGCGGAUCCGACGAGCUUUCAGCCAUGUGAGAGUCUGUGGUCCGCAAUUCCCCAGGUCCCAGUAUGAGAAUUGGGAUUACCCUUUACCGAUCACGUCUGAAGCAGAUGCGAUCGAUGAGCUGUCAACUUUGUCUACAGAGCCUCUGGAAUACGAGUACCUCACGCUUGACGACUUCUCCAUCUAUUUGCUAGACAAGGGAAAUCAUGCUUUGACCCUCACAACGCUUGAUCGACUGCAGAACAGCAAGGGUCACGAUGAAUUGCUCUUCAACGGUGUUCUGACGACUAGGAAUCAGCGGCUCUACGCUGAGGGCGUCAGAUUCUCUGUCGUGACGAUCGAUGGGUACGGAGACUCCGCAGACGUGCAGGGCCAUGUCUGCAUUCAAAGCCUGAUGACCAAAAAGACGAACAUCUGGUACCGACUCGGGAGGCCAGCUGCUGAAUACAAACGUUUCUAUGACCCGUUCCUGUACGUGGCUCAAUUCACCAAGUAUUUCGUGGAGUACCUCCUGCAGAGCGAGCGCCUGGUGACUAUAGACGAUUUCAGACGCAAUUUCUUUGCGUGGCUGUUUGUUGGCAAUUCUUCACAGCCAUGCUUCCAGGCGUGGCUUGCAAAGGCGAACCUGCGAGAUUUCCGCACUACUGUGGUGGCUCAUGUCGGUUUCCUGCUCAAAGAGUGUAGCAGCAUUGACACAGAGCUGCUGAAGCACACAAUUUGGUCGGAGAUCAAUCCAUGGGAGCUUACCGCGAUCGCGCGACAACCGAACCGGGAGAAGAAGACUGUAGUCACGCCAUUCGUGUACGACUGCUUCCAGUCGAUGUACUUCGCUACGGAAAUGGAAUCUCGCGGCAUCACGAACGCCGAGGUGUUGAAAUGCAUGAAGGCAAGAAAGCGAGCUUUGGGAUUAACACCUGUGCCGCGGAUUCGGCAUCCUGAUCAUGCUGCUACUCCACCAACCCCGGCAAGAAUCGACUCCGGCCUCCUCACGCCGCGAAGCUUGUCUGGUAGUCCUACGAGGAACAAGAUGGCCGUGGCGAAAGGCGAUGUGGUCGGCCUAGCCCCUGAUCUGAGCAGCCGAUGGAAAUCGGAAUCAGCAACCUGGUACGCCUAUGUACAGAACAUACACAAUGACAAGCUGGACGUUCUGUGGCUUUACGAAGCGCAGGAUACAACACUCGGCAAUGCGAAUUAUCCGUUCAGCAACGAGCUCUUCUUGUCGGACAAUUGCUCUUGCGGUAAAGACGCAGUCGACGCAAGCUUAGUGCUCUCCAAAGUCAACGUCUCAUGGUCGGUUAGGGAUCCGAGCUCUACAUCUGGUCUCUUCAUUCGCCAGAAGUUCCGCACUGUCCACGACGAAGAUACGUACGAUUUCGUCUCUAUAGGCGACUCCGAUUUUCGUUGCCGCUGCAAUGAAGAACACUCCUCCUUCCUCGAUGUAAGACGGCAGUAUGAGAUCGGCGACACUGUCCUCUGCCUAGAACAUGAUGAUCUGGACAGGAGAAAAAAGUGCUUCAAACCAGCGCAGAUCAUUGACUUCUUACUGGAUCUGAGACAGGUUGUUCUACGCAGGCUACAACCGAGCAGCGACCCAGCUUCAAGGCCAAACCAGCUCUGUCUUACCGAUGAAGUCUUCCGAUGCCAGCCAAGCAAGAUUGCAAGGAAAUGCCACGUCCGGGUGUUUCAUCCGGAUGCCUUAGAGGAAGGCUUGCCUACUCCAUACAAUUACGACGGAGCAGGAGAUUUCUUUUAUAUCCUGGACGAACCGUCGUCGUUCGACACCUUAGGAGCUGGCGCUUUCGAAGCGAGUGCGAAGAUGCCUACACUCAAGCUAGGCUGGGAUCCGUUAAGUCGGCCUCUUACGUCUAAGCUCAAGGGCAUGGGGAUCUUCUGCGGUGGCGGCAACUUUGACCGUGGGCUUGAAGAUGGCGGAGCGGUCGACUUCCAGUUUGCUGUUGAUUUUGAUGAGCAUGCGCUGCACACCUAUCGCGCCAACGUUCGGAAUGACGACGAGGAGAUCGAAUUCUUCCUAGGCUCUGUGGACGACUAUUUGGCCCAGGCGAUGGCAGGGUCGCAGAAGACCGCAAUUGCUCGUAUAGGCGCAUUCGAUGUUCUGGCAGCCGGCAGUCCAUGCCCUGGCUUCUCUCGAGCCAACCAGCAACGAGACAAGCCUAAGGCCCUGAAGCAAUGCUCUCUGGUAGCCUCCGUGCUGUCCUACGUCGACCUCUACUCACCGAAGUACUGCGUGUUCGAGAACGUGGUGUCCAUGGCAGAGUCUACCGGCCCUAACAAAGAUCAAAACGUCUUCUCCCAGGUCCUAGCCGCAUUGGUAGCAAUGGGCUACCAAGUGCAACAGUUUCUCAUGGACUCCGAAUCCUACGGCAGCAGCCAAGGCCGAGCCCGAGUCUUCAUCGUAGCCUCAGCUCCUGGCCUCCCGCCGUUCGACGCGCCGCCAUACACCCACGGCCGUCUGAGUAACUGGAUGGCGAAGCGUCUAGGCCGCUCAAGCAACGGCCUCCCAUUCGGCAUCCGACGAGACGACUACACCGUCUUCGAGCACACGUCACCCCUACAAGCAACACAAGAUCUUCCAGACAUCGGCGACGGGCUACCAGGAAUCUGCCCUGCCUUCCCCGACCACCGUGUGCUUUCAAUGGACAAUCUCAGCAGAGCAUGCACUGCCGUCGUCCCCAAGCAUCCGCGCGCCAUGGGUCUCGUGCAAGCCAUUCAGCAAGGCCAGCCAGAGCCAGGCAGCUGGUGCUCGACCGUGACGGGCCAGCCUCUGGCUUACUAUCACGGGACGACCGUCCGGAACAAGAUCCGCAGUCACGAGACGAGCACCAUGUACGCGCGCGUGCGGCCUUACGCCCUCUUCCCUACAGUCCUCACGAAGAUGAACAUCCAGGAUGGCAGGAUGGGGCGGAACCUGCACUGGGAGCAGCUGCGGAGUUUGACGAUUAUGGAAGCACGAAGAGCACAGGGGCUACCGGAUCACGAGGUAGUGAUAGGCAGCACAAAUCAGCAGAUGCGCAUUAUCGGGAACAGCGUGGAUCGCAAAGUGGCGCUUGCACUGGGACUGUCGCUGCGACAAGCAUGGCUCACGGCUGCGGGUGUGACGAGCUAGGUAGACAGUUCAUCAUCAUCAUCA